UUUGGAAACAUAUGUUGAUCAGUCAAAAAAUCCAUGAAUCAAAUAAAUUGGGUGCAAGUAGUGAUGAAGUAAGCUAAAUAUGUUCUACUCCUGAUCGUUCUCCAAUAAAUUCUGAUGGAUUAUACUCUAUAUACCUCACUUAGGAUGAUAUUAAAUUAGCCUCAGAUAAUGAUGAUAAGUCAAUCUAUUUAUGGGACAUUAAGCCAGAAUAAUAAAAAGCCAAUUAGGAUCGUCAUUUAGAUAAUAUUCGAUCAAUCUGUACAUGUCUCCUGAUUAUAAUAAAAUUGCUCCUGUUGAUUAUAAUAAUUCUAUCUAUGUUUGAAAUAGGAUAGAAUGGUCAUUAUAAGCCUAUCCUAUCAAUAAGCCUCUCCCUUGAGGUUUCUACAUUAGAAUCUGACAGUCCAGAUAACUCUACCUAUUCAUAGAUUGAUAAAAGAUAAAAAAUAGCCAAAAAGCUCGAUGGUCAUAGCGAUUAGAUUUUAUCGGUAUGCUUCUCUCCUGAUGGAACUACAUUAGCAUCUGGUAGUGGAGAUAACUCUAUCCGUUUAUGGGAUGUUUAGACAGGAUAAUAAAAAGCAAAAUUGGAUGGUCAUAGUGAUUGGGUCUGGUCAGUAAGCUUCUCUCCGGAUGGUACUACAUUAGCAUCUGGUAGUAUGGAUAAGUCUAUCCGUUUGUGGGAUGUUGAGACUGGAUUAGAAAAAGCCAAAUUGGAUGGUCAUAGCGAUUGGGUUUUAUCAGUAUCUUUCUCUCCUGAUGGUACUACUUUAGCAUCUGGUAGUAUUGAUUAGUCUAUUCGCUUGUGGGAUAUUAGGACAGGAUAAUAAAAAGCCAAAUUGGAUGGUCAUAGUGAUUCUGUCCACUCAGUUUGCUUUUCUCCUGAUGGUACUACAUUAGCAUCUGGUGGCGGAGAACCUAAUUUUGUUGGCGGGGAUUGUUCUAUCCGUUUAUGGGACGUUGAGACAGGGUAAUUAAAAGCCAAAUUGGAUGGUCAUACAAGUAAAGCCAGAUCAUUAUGUUUCUCUCCUGAUGGUACUAAAUUAGCAUCUGGUAGUGGGGAUAAAUCUAUUCGUUUUUGGGAUGUUUAUACAGGAAAAUAAAUAUCAUAAAUAGAUGGCCAUUAAUAGGCAGUUCUAUCGAUUUCUUACUCUCCUGAUGGUACUACAUUAGCAUCUGGUAGUGCAGAUCACUCUAUUCGUUUAUGGGAUGUAAAGACAGGAUAAUAAAAAGAUGAAUUGGAAGGUCAUAGUAAGAAUGUCGACACGGUAUGUUUCUCUCCUGAUGGUAAUACCUUAGCAUCUGGUAGUGUGGAUAAAUCUAUCCGUUUAUGGAAUGUUGAUUUGGGAAAUUGA